AUGGAGAACCUGCUUAUCCAGCCCAUGCUGUGCUGGCUCAGGCCAGAUUUGGGGAAUCUGGAAGAUUGCCAGAAGAGGGAAGACAAAAAGCCGGAGGGAAGCCGGCUGCCUGGUCCCCAAGACCACGCAGGACACGAGUGCAGCGGGAUCCGUCUGAAGCUGGACUCCAUCAACGUCCCUGCCUGCGGAUCCCUCCUCUCUGCGCCUCCCCGCAAGCAGCGCCCAGGACCCCAGGAAACUUCUUCCCGGUGCGACCAUCCCCAGUCGCUGGAACUUACUUGGGCUUCACGUGUGCAGACCUCGCAGCAGCUGGGAACCAGAGCGAGCGGAAGUUCGGAGCGCGGGAACCGAGGAGCACCGAGGCCCGAGAGCGCGGGGACCGAGGAGCACCGAGGCCCGAGAGCGCGGGGACCGAGGAGCACCGAGGCCCGAGAGCGCGGGGACCGAGGAGCACCGAGGCCCGAGAGCGCGGGGACCGAGGAGCACCGAGGCCCGAGAGCGCGGGGACCGAGGAGCACCGAGGCCCGAGAGCGCGGGGACCGAGGAGCACCGAGGCCCGAGAGCGCGGGGACCGAGGAGCACCGAGGCCCGAGAGCGCGGGGACCGAGGAGUACCGAGGCCCGGGGCAGCGCCGAGGCCGAGGAGCUCACGGCACUGGCAGCUGCGGGAGGCUGGGAGCAGGAGCGGCCGCGCCCCGGCCCGGAACGGGAACUGGCCGGGAGGGCAUUGCCGGUCGAGCCCUCUCGCCUGGGCUGGCAGCGCCGAGGGGCGGAGGCGGUUCGGGCGGACGAGGCGGGGUCGGCGCUGGGGCCGCCAACUCGCGGGCAGUCGGGAGACGCGGCGCGCGGAAAGUGGCCGGGAGCCCCAAGGGGCACUCCCCGCCUGAGCACGAGCAGCAGACCACCGCGCAGGGCCCAGUGA